CUCGCACGACGCUGGAAGGUACCUGCUAAGCAUGGGGAUAUUCCGAAUGCUUACGUUAUGGCUGCCACGGAGGACGAGCUGGAGAUUUUCAUCGAGAUCCCACCCGGUAUGGAGAUUCCUGACAGCGUUUUGACACUGUUCGGUGUGAAGCGAAAAAAUAAGCUCAUGCUGAGACUUGCAAAAUCACUCUACGGGCUCAAGCAAGCCGGUCGUCUCUGGAGUCAACUGCUCCACAACCAUCUCCUGGCAGCGUGCUUCACUCAAGCAAUCUCGGAC